AUUAACAUUUUUUUUUAUAAUUAGAAUUGGGCGAGAUAUUUUCUGAAGACGGAGAACUUCAACAACCACCUGCGAAACAAUCACAGCGUCAAACUCCUACGCCUACCUCUGGAUACAUGUCCAUUCCAAGACCUCCGUCUCGUCGUUCAGAUCAAACUAGAAAUAUAGCAGGUCCAACUAAUAUUAGUCGUGCUGACAGUAUAAACAGUUUGGAGUUUCGUACAGCUUGUAUUCCAGUGGGUGUAUCUAGAGGGCCUUCACCCCUAACGAUUGGUAUGGCUGAUACUAUACCCUUGGCUGUUGCUUUCCAUGAAAUUGUACAUUCGUAUUUCCGAGGAGCAGAUGAGACGAGGUGUCAAGUGAAGAUGUCUGGAGAAAUGAUGCUGUCAUUUCCGGCAGGAAUAGUUACUAUUCUUGCUAAUAAUCCGAAUCCAGCAAAACUUGUAUUUCGCGUCAAGAAUACUCAAAGGUUAACCAGUCUUUUACCUAAUAAGCAGUUAGUUUCGAUAGAUAGUGGACAAUCGUCAACUGAACACAUGGGAGUGGAAUUCAAUAUGUCUGCAUUGAGUUCGUUACUCAAAAAACAAUCCGAACAAAAUCCCAGUGCUUCGUAUUUCAAUGUUGACAUUCUGAAAUACCAGAAACCAUCAAGGAAACUCAAGGCUGUUGAUUUAUGA